GCUGUGUGAGCAGAAACCUUACGGGACGAAUGUGGACCUGCCUCAGAACCCUUCCCUCCAGCUUCCAGCUUCUACUGCGAACCAUCUGAACUGUUCCUUUACGCUUUCCUGCCAAGUUUGAACAAAACUUUUCUUGUAUCAGACUUUGGGUUUCUCCGGUGAUGCCUCCGGAGUGGAGCCGCUCCGGGACGCACCCGAACAGGUGCACUACUUUUACUUGACCAAAGACUUGGUUAAAGCUGUUUGUGGACAAAAUGAGGAGCGACUGAAAAAUCAGUGGCAGUUUCAAGUUACGGUUUGCGCUCUGUUGGACUGAUCAUUACAAGGCAGAGAUGGACCGAUCGUUCUGGAUCACACAGUUUCAUGUCGCGGUUUAGACUAAAUCAAGAUGCGGUCUCCACCCCUGAGGCUCCUCUGUUUGUGGCUGUGCAGCGAGGCCGUCGCCAACCAACUCCACGGACACAAAACAAAGACGACUUUCAGUCCUCAUUAUGAAUCCACCGCCGCUAACAGGAAUGCGCAAAGCCGGACAUGGCGCACAGUCAGCGGGGAGGACAAAGGGCGGACACACGGUGUGGCCUCGUGGCUGGAUACUGUAAACUCGCCAGCCUCUGAGCUGCUGCAGACUCAUAAACACCGGCGCUCUGUGCGUAAAAGUGACACUCAGAAUGAAACUCGGUACAGCCAAACUGUACCCAAAAACAAAGCUUUACGCACGGGAGAAAACGGCGCCGAUGAGCAGAGAAAAAGUAGAUGCAGUCCGGGCGAAGUGCUCAAACAAACCCCGUAUGGACCCACUUGCAGCACCAGGACGAACAGACACAAACGGCGCCAGAGGAGACGUGCAAAAUCCAGCAGGGUGCGGCGAAGCGAGUCGCUGCAGGAUGGAACCGGGGGCGCGUGGGAGGCGCUGCCCGUGGCCAUGGCGCAGGAGCAAGACAGCGGACCCGCUUUCGGACUCAACACCAGCGACUAUGAGGACGAGUACUCUCUACCGGACUUCCCCGACCCCACGCCAUUCUCGCCGGGAAACACGCGGACCAGACGCAAGCAGGUGAAGAACCCCUUCUACCCGGUGACCGCGGAGUCGUACGGAGCGUACGCGGUCAUGAUCACCGCCGCCCUCAUCUUCGGUGUGGGGAUCAUCGGGAACGUGUCGGUCAUGUGCAUCGUGUGUCACAACUACUACAUGAGGAGCAUCUCCAACUCGCUGCUGGCCAACCUCGCGCUCUGGGAUUUCGUCAUUAUCUUCUUCUGCCUGCCGCUCGUGGUGUUCCACGAGCUCACCAAGAACUGGCUGCUGGGGGAGUUCUCGUGCAGGAUUAUCCCCUACCUGGAGGUGGCGUCUCUUGGGGUCACGACCUUCACACUGUGCGCUCUGUGCAUCGAUCGUUUUCGCGCCGCCACCAACGUGCAGAUGUACUACGAAAUGAUCGAGAACUGGGCGUCCACCACAGCAAAGCUCGCCGUCAUAUGGGUGGGCGCUCUGCUGCUCGCGCUGCCUGAGCUGCUGAUCCGACAGCUGGUCACCGAGGACGGCGACCCGCCCGACGUGACGCCGUGUGAACGCUGCGUGGUCCGGAUCUCCACUGAGCUCCCGGACACACUGUACGUCCUGGGACUCACCUACGACGGCGCACGUCUCUGGUGGUACUUCGGCUGCUACUUCUGCCUGCCAACACUCUUCACCAUCUGCAGCUCGUUGGUCACCGCUCGCAAGAUCCGCCGCGCUGAGCGGGCCUGCGUCCGCGGAAGCAAGAAGCAGAUCCAGCUGGAGAGCCAGAUGAACUGUGCCGUGGUGGCGUUGGCUAUCCUCUACGGCUUCUGCAUCAUCCCAGAAAACAUCUGCAACAUCGUCAGCGUGUACAUGGCAGCCGGCGUUCCCAGGAGAACCCUGGACAUCCUCCAUCUGGUCAGCCAGCUGCUGCUCUUCUGCAAGUCUGCCGUGACGCCUGUGCUGUUGUUCUGCCUGUGCCAGCCGUUCACCAGAGCCUUCCUGGACUGCUGCUGCUGCUGCUGUGAUGAGUGCGGCCCUCCUCGCUCCCCCACCACCGCCACCAGCGAUAUCGACAACGAGUGCACCACCACCGAGCUGGAGCUGUCGCCGUUCAGCACCAUCCGCAGGGAAGCAUCCACCUCCGCGGCCUACUCUGUUGUGGGAACCCACUGCUGAGGUCAAAGGUCAAACAUGCUUCAUCUGACGUGAGCAGGAACGUGAUCAGUGGAUAUACCAGGAUGUUGUUUCCUGAUCAAACCAAACUGUUGAACUGUUUACUGGCGGAGAGACUGAAGACGCCACUGUCCGUCCAUUCACUGUUUACAGAGUUUCUAUAUUUGAAAGAAAAUACAGUCAGUAUUAGUUUUUGGCAAUAUUUUAGUUUUUUUUUUUAAUUAACUCACCAGUAUUUUUACUGAAUCUGCACUCGGUUGUACUUUUUGUUUAUUGUCACUGUGUUUUAUAGAAGCUGAGAGCAGACAUGGCUGCUGAUAAUUUUUUCAUCGUGUGACAAUACGACAGUAGAAUUGGGUCAGCUUUAUUUUAUGGGUUGUAACUUGUGUUCCAGUGUUAACUUUACUUUAAAAAAACUGCUACAUUUAAACCCAAAACAUUUUUUUUAAAUACACUUUUUUCUGAAAACUAUUUUCCAAGUAAUUCGGGCCAAACUAUGUAGAGUUGAAAACAUUCAUGUAAAUUACUAGAAAGCUGCAGACCACAAAGAUAAAGCGUUAUGUUCAAUGUUUGUAACGAGAUAACCUACUUAAAAAAUUAUCUCCAACCACGGCUGCUAUCACAUUCAGGUUUGUUCUUCUGGAUGUCCCUGUUGGUUUUUCCUUUCUUUCUUUGUGUGUCAGACGUACAGUAAUAUAUCCAAAAUGGCUGUU